UUGCAGUUUUCGUCAGAGCAGAGUGACAAACAAGGAAGAACGGGCACGAAAUUUGGAAAUUUGUGCAAUUUUAUUUUGUUUCACCGUGGAAAAACUGUGCCAAAUUCUUAAUAAUGCCGUAAAAGCAUGUUUCAAUCCAUUGCAAAGUUGGUUAAUAUUGCAAUCGAGGAGGAAAUUGAGUCGAAAAAAGCAAAAUCAGCUUCCGAUCCAGCAUCAAGUCAAAAAGUGAAGCUACAAAAGGGUUUCAGGUUGAUUCUGUGUUUUGAUGAAAAGAGUGAGGCAUUGGUAAAAAUUGGAUGGACCUAUCUCGAUGCGAUCGAACCGAAAACGGUAAAGGAAUUGAUUAGUGUUAAACUUUUCCAAGAUUUUGCACUUGGUAAUUACGGACCGGAAGUUGUAAAUCUCUCAGCAAUACCAGAUUUACGUGUGUGGAUUCUAACAAAUUUUUUUAAAGCAAGCAACUCAACAAUGGCGGUUAAGUGCGUAACGGAGGUGCCGCAUAGUCAGCCCAAAUAUGACAUCAAUCAGAUGAUCGAACAGAUCGAAAUGCUGCUCGCAAAUCCGGAAGCCAUCCGAGAAGAUAUUGGGGGUGUGAAACUGCUUUGUGAACAAAUCGUCCUUUGCUUAGCGCAUACACCGCUCAGGAAGGAUACAAUUAACAUGGAGUUGGAUAAGUUACGCCAUUUCUUGCAAAAUGUGUCGGACCAUGUACCAAAGCAACAUUCCGACGAAAUCGUCGAAGUAUGUUUGAAAACCCUUUACAAGCAUAUGGUGUCCGAUGAAGAUACGUCGAUAUGCGCAUCAGUCGUUUUGGACCUGUCAGAUAAAAAAGAGUUGAUCAAACAAGGUGUUCAUUGGAUCAUUCAAGUAAACAAUGAUACGAAUGCUAUCAUGAAGGUAUUCAAAACGUUAAUGACCUGGUUAACAGCCCAUAAUCAAGCUAACGACCUUGUUACUUGGAUUUCUGAAAUAAUCAAUGGUCUUCAGGAACUACAAAAAUACGAUGUACUACUUGACCUCUCUUGCCGUUCGGUUAAAUCGUGUUUAAACUUUUUUCAAAAUAACGGUUAUCAAACAAGCAUGUGUUCCAUAUUGUUUCAUAUUAUGCUGGUCGUUGAACACUCGCCAGAGGUUUUUCACAUGAUCAUUCCUAAGGCUGCCACAAUCCUAGCAGAUUUGGGUAAUCAAAAGGAAAAGAUGAGCGAUCCAACUGGUGAUUAUCAGCAGCGUUUCAUAGCAAUUCUUAUGGAUUUGAUGAUAAGAUUUCCUGAUCCCGAUCACCAAUACAGAGAACUGAAGGAGUGUCUCAAGAAAUAUCCACAUCCAGCUAACUUCCGGCAGUCGCUAAACGGUACCCUAGUUUCGAAUUCCGUGAUAACAUCAGCUAACGCAAGAGUUGGGCUCGUGAACCUAGGAAAUACCUGCUAUAUGAACAGUGUUUUGCAAGCCUUAGUAAUGACGAAACAGUUCAGCCGAGAAAUCCUGCUGUCUAAAAUAGAUGCACCGUUGUUUCAUCAGAUUCAAGAAUUGCUGGCACUAUUAAUACACUCUCAUCGCCAAGAGUUAAAUCCCCGAGCCCUACUUGCAGCUGCUCGGCCGCCUGAUUUUGUUCCUGGUUACCAACAGGACUCAUCGGAGUUUUUGGGUUAUUUGCUGGAAAAACUACACGAGCAAGAAAAGAAAUUGAUUCGCGAUCAGUGCAUUGAGAAGCAUAAAAAUAUGAAACAAUGUACUGCAACAGCUCCACAACAAUUUCAAUUAAUGAAAGCACCUACAGGAUAUCAAAACAAAAUAACAAUUGAACAAAACAGCGAAACCCGUGGAAAUCAACCAGCUGCGAACGAAACUGCUUUGAACGAAUCAUUGCUUCCGCCAACGCUCAUACAAAAAACUUUUGACGGCAAGUUGUUUAUCACAUACCAGUGCAGGAUGUGCGAAUCAAUAAGUACCAAUCUCGAUGCCAUACGGUCGUUCGAAUUAUCGUUCCCAGAAUCUAAUGGUAUCAAGACAGAAUACUCCGUGCAAAAAUUGCUUGAUUUUUAUUGUUCCUCAGAGAAGUUGAUAGGCGAUAAUCAAUAUUACUGUGAUAAGUGUAAGCAACUUUGUGAUGGAGAGCGGUCAAUAAGGAUUACGGAAUCGCCGAGAAAUUUAAUUCUCACGCUGAAACAUUUUCGCUAUGAUCUGCACAGACACACUAGGGCAAAGCUUAUGAACCAGGUGCAUCACAAUGAGACCAUAUCGCUAAGAGUGACACCGGAGGAAGGACUACCGUUUGCUGUACAGUAUUCAUUGUACGCCGCCGUGGUACAUGCCGGCACAAGUAUGGAUUCUGGUCACUACUACACAUAUGCGCAAGAUGAGCCGAAUGGUUGGUACAAGUUUAACGACAACUAUGUAACCGGAUGUUCUGUAGAGGAGCUACAUGCCCUAUCUAGUCCCAAUACACCGUACAUUCUAUUUUAUCAAAUGUCCGCUCCAACAGGUGCUUGCGCGAUUAAUACAAUGAGCUUAUGCUUGGAUCAUGAAAUGGAGCAUAGUGCUACGGCGAAUCUAACAUUGGUCUCCACGGAUUCUGUUCCCGAAUGCCAGCUUCCUCGGCUUGAAGAACUUCCGCCGCGUCUAAGGGAGCUUGUUCAUGGACACAAUCAAUCUUACGAAGAAGAAAUCCAGAAAGAAAACCGCAUUGUAAAUCACAAACGACUCGGAGUACUUCCAAGGAACCGUGACUCAGACGAUGACCCACCGCCAAAUUCCUGUGGCAGUAAUUCGAUUGACUUCAGCACCCGCUUCAUCUGUUAACGUGACAUAGCAAAAGAGUAUUUGGAGCGUUUUACUAUAAGUAACAGGUGUAAUGCAAGAUGUACCAUAUUAAAAUCAGUUGUCGUUCAGAGUCCAUUAAUAACAAAA